AUGCAAAAUCAGGCCUUCGAUGUGGAAUUGCCGAAAUUGCCUCGUUUCCCUUGUUCGUUCGCACAGCCUGAUGAUAUUACAGCCCACAUCACUAUCUUGAUGAAAGUCAUUAAGUUUGUUUUAACCGAUGUUUGUAGGGAAAGCCAACGUCAUGCGUACUACCGGUUAACGUAUGAAGAACACGUUGAAUUUACAAUCGAUCCUAAUUUAUCGAAGCGAAGUGCUACUGCUAAGUAUCACGACGGUCUAGGCUACGACAUGAAUGGAUAUAGUCGUCUCAUCAUGGAAAGAUUGAACAGAAAUAUCGCCAAGAAAAAUAUUGAUUACGGUCAGGAGAAUACGGGCAAAUCUUGGCCUUCAUACAUUGAUGUUUUAAAUGUAUUCGUACGCUGUCGCGCUGCUGGUUCUUUUUCGAAUCUUUGUACAGUUUUAUCAUUAUCUCUGCAGUGUGUAUGCACCAUAAUUACUCUAUCAACCACAAAAAUAGACAAGAAGAACAUUGGCGAUUACAUCCAAACGGAAGUGCGUCAUGGGGUUGUUCCAAAUACUUUUAAUAAUUGCCUAUCAUGGAUGGAAGUGUUUAAGCUUGUUGAGUAUUUGUUUUCACCCCUGCCAGAGCACGAAACCAUAAUUUAA